UCGAAGAGUAAGCGAGUUAGCGAAUUCUCUGUUUCUUGACCUGACCGAAACACUUUUACCUCUCACGUCGACGGAACUAGUAACAGUUGUAGUGAAAAAUGUCUCUUCUACCGUACAUUUUUGAUAACGAGUGGCCGUGGCCUCGACGCAACCGCGUUUUCAACCAGGACUUUGGCUUGGCCCUAACACCUGAAGACGUAUUAUCGCCUGUGGUACGUGGAUCCGGCGACUUCUACAAACCGUUCAGACAACUGGCUCAAAUGACUCAGGACUUGGGAUCGAACAUCAAGUCUGACAAGGAUAAAUUCCAAGUCAACGUGGAUGUUCAACAUUUUGCUCCGGAAGAAAUUAGUGUGAAGACUGCGGAUGGUCAGUUAAUCAUCGAAGGAAAGCACGAGGAGAAACAAGAUGAACAUGGUUAUAUUUCUCGACAGUUUGUGAGACGUUACGCUUUACCGGAGGGCUGUGUACCCGAGAAUGUGCAGUCAAAGUUGUCUUCAGAUGGGGUUCUAACCGUGGUGGCGCCGAAACAACAUUUGGCGGUAAAGGGCGAGAGAGCUGUGCCCAUACAACACACAGGCCCUGUGCGGAAACAAAUCCAGGAUACACCUAGCACUUCUGACGCCAAAAAGUGAAUCAGUUUUAAGACAUUUUAUUUGAAACUGCUUAUGACUGAUUAAUGUUGUUUAAUUCCCAUUCGGCGUAAGUUACUUAGUUUCUUGUAAUUUCUUUUAAGUAAAAAUAAAACAAAAGUAGAUUUCA